GGGGGGGGGGGGGGGGGGGUUNGUUUCUUUUUACUGAUCAUACAAAUCUCCUUUCUUUGAUUCUCUCUCUCUCUCUCUCUCUCUCAGGGGCGUGCAAUGCAAAGAUCGUGCAGAACUAGAACAAGACCAAGAGUUUCUGAUAACAACACUUCUAAUGGAAGAAGCAACAACAGCUUUUACAAAGUCUCUCUGUCUCUUGUGUUUCUCCUUUGGUUUCUUUCUUUCUUAUCCACCUUGUAUGCCAAAGAUGCGCCUUUGACUAACUCUGUAGGAAUAGUUGAUUUUGAUGAUGGUCAGUCAGAUGUAAAAGCUGUUCCCUUUGAUGCUUCAUCGUUACAAGAGCCUGCUUCUGUUCUUGAUAUAUCUGAUGUGAGUAGGAGUGAUGAUACAAACCCGUUUGAAGAAAGUGAAGAGAAAGAAAAAUCUGUGAAGGAAGCAGAGGUCAAUAGCAUAGUUUCAGGGAGUAAUAUAGAAAGCAAGGAAAAUUACAUGUCGAAGCAAGGUGAGAUAAACAAUACGGAUACAGGGAAUGAUGCAGAAGGCAAAGAUGAUAUCUUGUUGAAGCAAAUUCAGAUGAACAAGACUGACACAAAGAAUGGUACAGAGAGCAAAUACAAUGAGUUUUUGAAGCUAAAUCAGAUGAACAAAACGGAUUCAGGGAAUGUUACCGAGAUCAACGCUUCAAAGGUUGAUCAACCAUCUCGUGCUGUUCCGCUUGGUCUUGAUGAGUUCAAGAGCAGAGCGUCCAAUUCCAAAAACAAAUCGUUAUCAGAUCAGGUCAGUGGUGUGAUUCACAGGAUGGAGCCUGGAGGGAAAGAGUACAACUAUGCCUCUGCUUCAAAAGGCGCAAAGGUCCUGUCUUCCAACAAGGAAGCAAAAGGCGCUGCAAGCAUCCUAAGCCGAGACAGUGACAAGUACCUCAGAAAUCCAUGUUCUACUGAAGGUAAAUUUGUUGUCGUGGAACUUUCAGAAGAGACAUUGGUGAAUACCAUCAAACUCGCUAACUUCGAGCAUUACUCUUCCAAUUUGAAAGAGUUUGAGCUUCAAGGCACCCUGGUCUAUCCCACUGAUACAUGGGUUCAUAUGGGAAACUUCACGGCUUCAAACGUGAAGCAUGAGCAGAACUUUACACUUCUUGAUCCAAAGUGGGUGAGAUACUUAAAGCUAAAGUUUCUAAGUCAUUAUGGUUCAGAAUUCUACUGCACCUUGAGUCUAAUGGAAGUCUAUGGAGUGGAUGCCGUAGAACGAAUGCUGGAGGAUUUGAUCUCUGUCCAAGACAACAAAAACACAUUUAAAACUAGAGAGGGAGAUCUUGAACAGAAGGAGAAGAAGCCAGUGCAGCAAGCAGAGUCAUGUCUAGGCGAUGCUUGCCAUGAGAGGAGCAUGAAGAAAGAGACCGAGCGGGAAGCCCCACCAGAGAAUAUGUUGGCGAAGACUGAAGCAUCAAUGGCGAAGAAUAGUAAUAAGCUGGCAGAGCCCGUGGAGGAGAUGAGGCAUCAUCAGCCAGGAAGCAGAAUGCCAGGGGACACAGUGCUGAAGAUACUGAUGCAGAAGUUAAGGUCAUUGGACUUGAACCUAUCGGUUCUAGAGAGAUACUUAGAGGAACUGAACACAAGAUACGGGAACAUAUUCAAGGAGAUGGACCGUGAAGCUGUUGUGAGAGAACAUGCAAUUGCGACUUUGAGACUUGACUUGGAAGGUAUGAAGGAGAGGCAAGAGAGGAUGGUGAGUGAAGCAGAGGAGAUGAAAGAGUGGCGAAAGAGAAUGGAAGCUGAGAUGGAGAGAGCUGAGAAAGAGAAGGAGGACGUGAGAGAAAGGCUCGAACAAGUUUGGCAAAGACUUGAGUGGAUGGAGAAGAAAGGGUUGAUGGUGUUCACCGUGUGUCUUAGUUUUGGGACUAUCGCGGCUAUUGCAGUUGUAGUCGGUAUGGGAACAGGUCGAGCAGACAAGUCUGUUGGUGGUGCUUGGAUCUUGUUAUUGAUUAGCUCAACAUUCAUUAUGUUCGUUUUGUCUCUUUGAUGAGAGUUUUGGUCUUCUAUUUUUUUUUGUUUUUACACUGUAGAGUCAUAUGUUACUGAUUUAGGUGAUCUGAAUAGAUACUGUUGCAACUCAUUCUUGAACCGGUAUAUGGAAUUGAACCAGGAAACUGGAAACAUACCUAACUCAAAUGCCUCUCGGCUUUGUUGCAAUAACCCAAUAACUUAGCCAAAUUAAGUCUAAUUUUGCGGAUGUACGUAAAAAGUGAAAGUAAGUGGGGGUUGAGUGGAAAUGUAGUAGGUGAGUGUACAAGGGGACCCGUGAGUGAGUACCACAAUUUCAACGACGAUUCAUUAUAUUUUCUCAAUAAAUAGAGCUGCUCUCUUGUGGUAGAGUUGACCACUUAAGUCUUGAACUAAUGGCUACAAAAAUAUCGGAAUUAGUUGUUUUUCUUCUCUCAUUGCUUCUUCUGCUCUCAUUCAUCUUUUUUCAGGUUGGAGUCGCGGACGCCAAACGCAACCAACGUCAAGAACAGCUUGUAGAUUAUCGUCGCCCUCCCACCGCACCUAUAUAUCUGCCGCCCUCUAAAUCACGCAAAGGAAAAGGUCCAUGAAGAAACUAUACUCAAGACUCAAGACUCUACACUAAUGUUGUUAUGAUCUCUUAUUAGUUUUAACUUUUUGGGAAGAUCAUGUCACGUUUUUAGAUCAUGUAGUAGUGUUUUGUUAUAAAUAGGUUGUCGGUUGUAAUGGUUCACUGUUUUGGCCAUAUCUAUGUUGUAGGGAAACUAAUCAAUGGCUAAAUCAUCAUUAAUUAAUUACAAUUGAGACUUGAGAGGUUAAAUCUGUGGCCAAUUAACCAAGAAACAAACAUUAUUGUGGCCA